AUGCAUUGGUUUGCGCCAGUUUGCCUCCAGCAAAGACGACGUGCAGCCACUGCGGCCGCAGGGCAGGGCACCGUCAUUGAAGGUGGACAGGAGGUGAAGGGCACAGACAUCGAGGGCGGUACACCAGUCGAAGACUAUGAAACAGGCGCAAAGACGCAGAAGCUCCCACCGCAGCAAGAGAUCGCCCAAGAGAUCGGCGGCAUCGUCAAAAAGUACCACAACGACGGGACUAGCGCCGAUGACGAUGUGAAGAGUGCGCCGAACGCUAGGAAAGAGCUGGGAGGCCACGACAAGGCCGACGCCGAGAUCCAUGUGGUGGUCUCGCGAGUGCGCAGGCAACAGAUCGAAAAGGCUCGCGCCAGCGGCGCACUGAAGGGCGUCGUGGUGGAACGGCGAUGA